CCCGUAAAUAUGCCAGGUUUACAAUAUCCAUUCUCCGCAUUCACUGUGGAGCAAUGUCCAAGGAGCAGAACGUCAUGGAAUGCUUCAUCAACGUCACGAGGCUGUCCUGAUGACGUCAACGACAGGAGUACGUAUCACUGUGUCCCUAACCAGCAGCUGACAGCGUUGAUAGAGUUCUGCUACCCCAGACAGAUCGGACUGUACGAAAGAGGGACCUGUUUAUACCUCACUAAUUCUGGCUAUCUCAACCAAGUAAGGUGCACAGACUUCAGCCAUGGUUGUCCCGAAAAACCAUAUUUCAGCAAUGAAAUAUACAAAUAUCAGGAAUGUCUAGCUAUUAACAAACAAAGCCAUUGCUACAAAGCAGCAGAGUCGUGUCGGAAUGCAAAAAGUAGCACAGAUGUGUCUCCCUCGAUUCCACGGACAUCACUAGACUAUAUACCUAUUUUAUUAGGUGUAAUAUUACCAACCUUUGUGAAUGUCAUUCUGUUGUGUGCCUUAUUUAUAAAAUUUCGACGCAAGAAGAAUUCAAGCAACAAGGACAACAUGAAUCCAGAACAGGAUCAACUUCUCCAGAAAGUCAACCAAGAUGAAGUAUUUAUAGAAACUCGAGCCUACCAGAAAGCUAUAAACGUUUUGUUAGACAAGAAAUAUGUUUUCAUAAAAGGAAAUCCGGGAGACGGCAAAACAACAAUAGCCAAACAGCUCUUGAAAGAAUUGAAAAUAUCCUAUAAUACAAGUGAAAAGGUUGUCAUAGGUCUAAAAGAAUUAUGUGGAAAACAGGAGCAAAACGAGAACACUGCUUUCUUUGUAGAUAAUAUCUUCGGAGAAUAUGUUUUCAGGAGCUCAGAAAUAGAACAAUGGGAAAGAACAACAAUUUUUAUGGAAAAUGUUUUGUCUGAUGAAAUUGACAAGAAGGGAAAUUUUUUAAUUGUUACAAUCCGCAACGAUAUGUAUUCGGAAAUUCGAACUCAGCUGCAGUUCAAGAUUGAAUUUAUUGAACGUGCUUUAGUUGAUAUCUCGGAUUCGGAGAACAAGUUGACAAAAGAGGAAAUGAAGCAGGUUUUUGAUCUUUAUGUCGACAUUCCAUUUCAAACAAAUGAAUUCUAUUCAGCAUUCAGUUUUGCACCCCCUUUAGGGUUUCCUCAGUCUUACUUUGUGGGUGAAGAGCAAUCUGUCCUAACUAAAACUGACGAAAACGAUGCAUCAUUGCUAAUUCAUUUUGCAGAGGCAGGUCACAUUGAAAUGGUUAAAUUCCUGUUGAAGAUCAUAACAGAUGACAAACAAAAGUAUGACGCUUUAAAUCAAGCAACGUUGAUGAAUCAUAGAAAUGUUGUCCAGAUUAUUUUAAAUGAAGGAGUAACUCCCGAUGCUAAAAGCUGUUUCUGUGCUAUACAGAAUGGAAAUAAGGAUAUUGUGGAGGAAUUUAUCAAUGCGGGACUUGAUUUAUUGCAGGUUUCUGAGUCUCGCCACCCAUUUUAUUACAACGCGUCUAUUUCUAUUUUAGCUGAAGCAUGUUUAUGGGAGAGACUGAAUUUGAUAGCUUUUAUAUUGAAAAUUUGCCCUGCUUUAAGCAAUGUGAAAAAUAACAAUGGCGAUUCUAUCAUUCAUUUUGUUGCAUUUGCUGGCGCAACAGACGCUCUUAAAGCACUUAUAGCCAACCAUACAUGUGACCCAUUCCUCAAGACAGAGAAAGGAGCAACAAUUUUACAUCGUGCAUGUCAGAACGGAAAAUAUGAAACAGCAAAGUAUAUAAUGAGUCAGUACCCUGAUCUAUUGAAUGAAGAACAUGACGUAUAUGAAGAAGGAUCUAUUCUACAUAUGGUUGCUGCUGGAGGCAACAUUAAAUUGUUCAAGAUUUUUGAAAAACCAUGGCUAACUAGAAGUUCUACAACAGGAGAGACUGUUUUACAUAGUUCUUGUAGUUAUGGGAGAUUUGAGAUGAGUACGUUUCUUCUUAAAUGUUUCCCACGUUUACUAAAUAUUAGAGACGGUUUUGACAACAGCAUCUUACAUGCAACUGCUUCGGGAGGUAACAUUAAAUUACUAAAGUAUCUCGUAGAGAAAAGGUUAGACAUCAAUGAAAAACAAGCUCACGGAAAAACUGUGUUACAUUUGUGUUCUAUGAACGGUAAGAUAGACAUGUGUAAAUACUUGGUCAACGAAUAUCAUUUCUUACUUAAAAUCACUGACAAUGAUGGUGGGAAUGCUUUACAUAAUGCAGCUUGGGGUGGUCACAUUGAUAUCGUUAGGUUCCUCUUGGAGAAAGGAUUAGAUAUCAGAAGCACUGCCUAUGGAGGGAAAACUGCACUACAUGUGUGUUGCUUGAAUGGUAAGAUAGAUAUGUGCAAAUACUUGGUCAAAACAUAUCUUUUCUUACUUGAUGUCACUGACAAUAAUGGUGGGAGUGCCAUACAUGAUGCAGCGUGGGGUGGAAACAUUCAAAUACUUAAGUUCCUCAUAGAUGAAGGCUUAGAUAUCAAUAGCGCUAGAGAUGACGGUAGAACUGCAUUACAUCAAUGUUGUAGAAAUAGGGAAAUAGACAUGUAUAAGUUUUUGGUCAACAACUAUCCUAACUUAGUGGAUGUCGAAGACAAAAAUGGCAACAAAGCAUUACUUAAUGAAAUUUAA